UUUCCGGUGUUUUUGGUAGAUUGAAGUACGUUACUAGCGCUGUAAUACAUUUCUCUCGGGACACGGUAAGGGUUGAUUAAACCCAUUUCUGCUGUGAAAACCAGCAGGAGACGGCAUACACACCGAAAAUCCAACUUGUUUUGCCAUUGUUUUUGUGGAAACUAUUCUGAAGAUACAUUAAGUAAAAUUAUCUGGUUCUGGACAACAAUGGAAAAUCAUUCAUACGAUGUGGCCAGUGCGAACAUACGUGUAUUUUUCACUGCUGCUUUAUAACUCCGUCGUGAAUCUGCUAGCCGCUGAUGACAAUCACGUGGUUUUUUUGUCCAUUCACUCCUAUUCAACUUUGAUACACAGUCUGGGAUAUGUUGGUCCGGCCAUCGAUAUGGGACUGCUGUACGCACGAAAUACCUACACUAAUCUGAACUUUUCCUUGGUGACCUUUAUGAAACCGUCUGUGAAGUUGUGCACAACCGUGCAAGCCGAAGCGUUACCACUGGUUGCCGAUUAUUAUUACACUCAUCAUUUGGAUUUGCUUAAUAAUAGAACCACCGUCAUUCUUGCCACAGCCUGCAGCGACGCGUUGCCAGCAUUAGGCGAUUUCGCACGAGAAAACAAUAUUCCCAUAAUUACUACCGGUGGAACAGAUUCCCACCUGGAUUCACGCGAACGCUUCCCUACACUACUGCGCCUGCUUCCGUAUUUAUCCAACGAACUGGGCGAGGUCACGGCGGCCUUGUUAGCUUAUUUUGGAUGGACGGAUGUAACCAUCAUUGGUGAUGAUGGUGCCACAGAGCUAAACACUUUCGCCAUUCUGAAUCGCGAACUGCCGCAGUACAUGUACAAUGUUAACGCCGGCAAUCUGACAUCCGUUCACUAUCUGCAUUACAAUUUUGUCAAAUAUCCUCUUUACGAUUAUUAUCUGCGUGAGGCAUCACGAUACAGUCGUGUGUUUAUUGUCAUUACGCACGGAUCACGAUUAAGGCAUAUGCUGGCUGCUGCUGAACAGAUGGGAAUGACUGCAGGGGAACAUGUUUUUAUUGCGUUUGAGCCUUUUAAGUCUCCAAGAGGUUUUGGACGAAUGACUUGGGAAUAUGGCGACGAAUUGGACAACCAAACUCGCAAAGCCUACCAAUCUCUCUUGCUGAUUUCCACGUUGGAGCCGGAAACCAAUGCUUCCCGUUCAUUGUUGAACGAAAUGAUAAACCGUUCACUGAAGGAUUAUGACCAAAUUUACGACUUGAAUGAACCUGUGAUACCGUUUGUUCGGGAGUUUUAUCAAGGAGUAAUAAUGAUUUCAAGGAUUAUCUCGGAAGCCCUUAACGAAUAUGGCACAAUAUCCGCUAUGCAUAGCGUGAAUAUGGCCCGACUGGCAUGGGAUCGAUGGUUCACUACUCCACUGGGGACAUUUCACGUUAACAGUAACGGCGAUCUGGAUAAUAAUUACGCCGUAUCCGGCUUAGUACCCGGGGGAAAUGACUUUCAGGCUGUUCUGAAAUGGGAUAAAGAGCAUCGGGAAUUCAGUCGCAUCGGUGAUCGGCAAUUCGACUGGCCCAACAAUGGCACCCCGCCAUCCAACCGACCGCCAUGCGGAUUCGAUGGAAAAGAUCCCAAAUGUUUGAAUACAGGUUUCACUGCCGCCUGGAACACAGCCGUAGAAGCACUGACUAUAAUUUUACUGCUUUUGAUCGCCGGUAUUUUGUCUACUGUAUUCGUGAUUCGAUACAAAAAGACAAGAAAACCAAUAACCGGCGAAUGGAUGAUAUCCAUGGACGAACUUACACCGGUAACUUACACGACCUUUGACAGCCUGGCUAGUUCCAAUUUCCGCGCGAGGGUGUCGCGACACACCGAUAUGUUCAAUAUGCAAAUCUUGCACAUGAUGACGUAUCGCGGCACUAUUGUGUGGGUGCGUCGGCAAGAUAACAAGGAGCACAAAGACCCAUCGCAUAUUGAUGACCUCCGGAAGCAGAUUAACCUGAGAAAGUCCCUGCGCCAUCAGAACGUGGCUGAUUUCAUCGGAGUGUGCUUUGAUCAGGCCAGCAUUCUCACUAUAUCCGAAUAUUUCCCCCGAGGAGGAAUCGAUAAACUAAUACAGGAUAGGGAUAAACCUAUAGACCCCAAUUUGCAGUUAAUGCUGCUUUAUGACUGUGCUCAGGGACUGGCAUAUAUUCACCGAUGCGCCACAUUUCAUGGCUCUUUGUCCACUGCCACAUGCAUGCUGACACCGCAUUUCAGUGUCAAGCUGACAGAUUUUGGUUUGCCGGUUUUUUAUAAAUGCCGGGUAGAGUUGGCGCUACGUCAAGGGCAAUACGAGAAAUUGUUCUGGACGGCACCGGAGUUACUACGGCACCCGAGGAGCAACCCGACUUCCGCAAGUGAUGUCUAUGCUUUCGGUAUUGUCAUGUAUGAGGUGAUGUUCUUGACGAAGCCGUAUUACGUUCCGGAUGGAGAUACUUAUCAUCCACCCAGUUUGUCAGAAAAGGAGAUCAUCAGCCGAAUCAAAUCCUCGAGCAGUCCAUACAUGCGACCGGAAAUGUCAAUCGGCAAAGUGUCUAUCGACUUGAAGGCGCUAAUAGAGGAGUGCUGGCGACAAACCCCGAUUGAGCGACCGACCAUCGACGAAGUCGUAGCCAUCUUGACCUCCAGCUUGCAAGGCAGUUGUGAGCGCUCUUAUGUGGACAAUCUCAUCUGGCGACUGCAAACAUUAGCGGCUGACUUGGAAAAUGAAGUCAACCAACGCACACAGAAUCUGCAAGCGGAAAAGGAACGAUCGGAAAAUUUGCUGAGGGGUAUUUUGCCCAGAUCCGUGGCCAACUGUCUUCUCCGCGGGGAAACAGUUCUUCCGGAAUCUUUCGAAAGUGCGACGGUAGCUUUUACGGGAAUAUGGGAAUUUGCUGCGUUAACGGCGCACUUGACACCGCUGGGAAUUGUUGCCUUGCUGAAUGACCUUUACGUCUGUAUGGACAACCUGCUACCUUUGUAUGAUGUGUACAAAGUGGAAACAAUAAAAGACACAUAUAUGCUGACCAGUGGUGUUCCGGAGCGUAAUGGACAGUACCAUGUUUUUCAAGUGGCAUCGUUAUGCUGCGCGUUUCUGGAAGCAGUACGCACCCAACAGUUUGCUGGAUGCCGAAUACGACUGCAGAUUGGGAUUCAGUGUGGUCCACUGGUUGCCGGUGUUAUAGGAAACAAAAUGUUACGCUUUUGCUUGUUUGGUGAUACGGUCAAUUGCGCAUCACGUAUGGCUUCCACUAGUGAACCUCAGAGGAUCCAGACGACAGUAAAUGUUAAAGAUGUCCUUGUGUCAGCAAAAGGAUUCAUUUUACCACCCGUGGAUCUUUAGAAAUAAAGGGGAAAGGGGUUAUGCAGACGUUUUGGCUGGAAAAAGUCAUUCCGGCACGACUAUCUCUCACGGACAGUUAGUUUAUAUUUCAAAUCAAACAUUUGUUGAAAUGCACUUUGAUGACUUCAGUUUGGAAGCGCUUAUAUAAUCCAUACAUUGCAUUUACAACGCUUAAUUAUUUUAUAUUGUGGACAAAUAGAAUAGUUUCGCACAUUUUUUUAUCGGAUGGGAAAAUUCGAUUUUAUUAUUGUAUUUAUUGGGCUGAAAGUUCAAAGAAGAAAAAACUGGGACGUACCAAACGA